GAAUGUUUUUUCUCUUUCUCUCUGAACUGUCAUUCAAAACAAAACAGAGAAUGGAUAGAGAAUCAGAUUUCGUAGCUUGUUCAAAUGGUUUUAGCAGAGUGGGCUGCCUACAUUAUGCUGCUACAUAUUCACAUAGCAACGCCAAAUAGUUGGUCGUCACAUACUGUUGAAACCACUCUGCACCGAAACCCAAGUGGCCAAAUUAACUUCAUCUGAGUGACAGCAGCCCUGGCAACCGGAAAACAGUUAGAGCAAGAAACGUCAAAGUAAGCCAUUCAUUUCCGAACAUUCGAGAACCAAGAAAAAUCAAGACUGGUUGUGAAUUUUUAAAAGAGUCUAGUUAUUGAUUUUGUGACUAUUAUUUGAACUGAAACUUAAUAAGUAGAACACGAUUUUAGUUAGCGCGUGAUUUCUAAAACCGUAGGUGAGAAGAAUUUGGUUAUUUUGUUAUAUCUUCUGAUACUUACCAACCUUACUUACGCAGCGAAAAACUUAUGCAGAGGCAACUUAGAAUCCAGGCACGUUUCUCGUAGUAGGAGUAAAAAACUAAAUCUUUUGAGCAGAUUCAAACCGAACUGCUACAGAAGGAGUUUUAAUUCUCAACAUUUCUCAAAAGAUUUACAUAACCUCACUUUGAGAUGGGAAGCUGCCGCUUAUGUAAUGGCCCGGAUAACGAACAGAUGGUUGCCUGCGACGACUGCGAGACAUGGUUCCAUUUCGCUUGCGUGAAUGAAUCACCCGGUGUGGAACAUCGUGAUUUCCGAUGCUCGGAAUGUGCCGCGAAGAGGGAGAAAAAGGGGAAAAAGUCCGGUAGCAAAUCCGCGACCGGAACUGUUCCGAAACCCUUACCUCAGUUCGUGGCUCUCGACAAUCGACCACCUACCGGUAACAUGACCACGUCUACGACUCGAACGAUUAUCUCGGAACCAAGACGCAGAGUGAGAAAUUCCGCCAUCCAAGGGGGCGAUGACAAAUCGCUUGUUUCAAGAGUCAGCAAACGUUCCGCUGUUAUGGAGCUUGAAAUGCGUCGGAUGGAAGAGGAAUUGGCGAUGAAGGAGAAACAACUAGAGGCGGAAAAACUGAUCCGCGAGAGGAGGUUGGAGAUCGAGCAAUUGAUAGCGCAAAAGCGAUUCCAGCAGGAAAAGGAGCUGCAGGAGAGGCGACUGGCUCAGGAGAAGGAGAUGCUAGAGAAGCAGCUGGCAGAAGAAAUUGAAUUUCAGCGGAAGCAGCGCACUCUACAAGAAAAGUAUCAGCGUGACCGCCACCAAUUGGUGUUGGAAGAAAUAGGAAGCGAUGACGGCGCAGUUGGAGGACAAUAUUUGGGUGAUUUUUCCGAACACGACAACCGGGAAAAAGUGCACGACUGGCUAAUCCACCAUGUCAAUCCGGAUACGAAACUAGCGGUUCUUAACGAAAACGUGGACGAGGUUCUGAAAGUUUACGAGGACCAAACGCCCAAGCGGAAUCCGGAGGUACCGCGACAGCCGAGACAUAUCGCCCCACUCCAGUACCAACAGGUAAAUCGUCAAUUCCGCAAGCAAGAAUCCGUUAGGGAUGAAAGUCGGAGAAAUGAGGAGGUAUUGUCAACGUCGACGACCAGUUCUCGAGACGGGUCGGGGCCUACCAGGGCACAACGCGCCGCUCGUCAAAUCCUCACCAAGAAGCUACCUACAUUUACCGGCAGAAUUGAAGAAUGGCCGUUAUUUUACAGCAGCUAUAUUAACUCAACGGAUGCUUGUGGAUUUAGUAACAUUGAGAAUCUUGUCCGCCUUCAAGAGUGCCUAAAGGGACCGGCACUCGAGUCCGUUCGUAGUCGACUACUUUUGCCAAAUUCCGUACCACAGGUGAUUAAAACGCUCCGGAUGCUGUACGGCAGACCUGAGCAGUUGAUUCACGCGCUUCUAAACAAGGUCCGGAAGGCGGAUGCUCCGAGAAGCGAUCGAUUAGAAACUUUUAUUCCUUUCGGGAUGGCGGUCCAAGAAUUAUGUGACCAUUUGGAAGCAGCUAACCUACAAGAUCACUUGGUUAACCCGAUCCUGAUACAGGAACUAGUCGAGAAACUUCCGGCUGCAACGAAGCGCGAGUGGGUGCAGUGUCGAAGAUUGACUGACCGAGUAACUCUUCGGACAUUUGCGGAUUUCACAUCCAGUAUCGUAGCGGAGGCCACUGAAGUAAUCUUAGUCGUCGAUCCGAAAGGAACAGCAUCUGCCAAGGGAGACAAACCAAGGUCAAGGGAGAAAGGAUUUGUCCAAGCACACAGCGACCCCAGUAGUCCAGCCAUGAAACAUCAACUCGUUUGUCAAGUCUGCAAGAAAGAUGGACAUCGAGUCAGGAACUGCGACGUCUUCAGGAGUAUGACUGGUGCGGAGCGAUUGAAAUGGAAGGAGCAGUACAAGCUGUGUGAACGGUGUCUAAACGAGCACGAAGGUUGGUGUAAGUUUAAAAUAACCUGCAAUGUUGGAAACUGUCGUGAGCAUCAUCAUCCUUUGGUGCACCGUAAUGCAAUUGCCAACUCAACUCCGAGGCACACAGCACCUCCGACUACAGAACAACAUCACGCUCACAUCACGGAGCAGCGCUCGGUGAUCUUCAGGAUUAUACCGAUCAUACUCUACUACAAUCAACGAUCGGUUAAAACUUCCGCUUACUUGGACGAAGGUUCGUCUAUGACGCUUAUUGAGGAGAGCCUCUUCGAUGAGCUGAAGGCUAGCGGAGAGCCGCAGCCACUAACGCUUCAGUGGACAGGAAAUAUCGUCCGUCGCGAACUGGGUUCCGUGUGCUUAUCAUUGCAAGUGUCAGGUGAUACAAUGGAACAACGAUUGGCCUUGAACGAAGCUCGUACGGUGAAGAAGCUGUACCUCCCAAGACAGCGCGUGAAUUUCAGAGAGAUUAUCGGUCAAUAUCCGCACCUUCAGGGACUGUACUCGGCUAACCAAGCAGGAGAGGAGCCAAAGAUUCUGAUCGGACUUAACAAUAUCCAUCUGAUGGCGCCUUUGGAAUCAAGAAUUGGAAACAUCAACGAACCAAUCGCUGUCAGGUCCCUCCUCGGUUGGACAAUCUACGGACCUCGGGGAGCUUCGCACAUUGAAGGCUUUUUAGGCUGUCACCGCGAACUUACAAACAAGGAACUGCACGACGUGAUGCGUGAGUACUUCGUCGUAGAAGAAGCUGGAGUCACAGUGAACGAACUGUCUGAGUCAGAUGAAGUUCGUCGAGCUAGAGAUUUGCUGAAGAGAACAACCGUUCGUGUUGAAGGUCGUUUCGAAACCGGAUUAUUAUUCAAGCACGAUGAUUUCGAGCUGCCGGACAGCUACCCUAUGGCACUAAAGAGGUUGUGUGGUCUCGAGCGACGACUGAAGAAGGAUCCUUCCCUCGAACAGGCUGUAUGCCGAAAAAUCGAAGAAUACCAGACGAAGCAGUAUGCGCAUAAGUUGACGGAUGAAGAGAUGGUGUCGGUGAAUCCCAAGAAGAUUUGGUACCUACCUCUCGGCGUUGUUGUCAAUCCAAACAAACCUGGCAAGAUACGUUUGGUCUUGGACGCGGCGGCUCAAGUGAAUGGAACAUCGUUAAAUUCCCUGCUGCUUUCUGGGCCGGAUUUUCUAACAUCGCUGCCAGCCAUUAUUCAGCAGUUUAGAGAACGACCGGUGGCUUUCAAAGCGGACAUACGCGAAAUGUUCCACCAAUAUCGGAUUCGGGAAGCUGAUAAACACGUAUUGCGUUUCCUUUUCAGAACAGACCCUUCGUGUAAGCCGGACGUGUACGUUAUGGAUGUUGGAACCUUCGGGGCAGCUUGCUCACCUACAUCCGCUCAAUACGUGAAGAAUUUAAAUGCCUCCCAACAUGCGGACCAAUUCCCAGAUGCAGCAAGAGCUAUAGUUCGUCGACACUAUGUCGACGACUACCUCGACAGCGCCGAUACUGCUGAAGAAGCCAUUAAUCGAGCAAAGCAGGUCCGCUACGUGCAUUCGAAAGCUGGGUUCGAGCUGCAUAGCUGGGUCUCGAACGAAAGAUCGUUCACUCAAGCACUAGGUGGACAAGAAACUGAGGAUCGAGUGCCGCUGCAACUAAAUGAUGAUGGAGCAACGGAACGUGUUCUUGGGAUUAUAUGGUGUCCCCACGAGGAUGUUUUUACCUUUUCAACCAACUUUCGGAAGGAAUUGCUACCGUACCUCAUCAACGAUCAGCGACCGACAAAGCGGAUAGCCCUCCGAUGCUUAAUGAGCCUUUUCGACCCGCUCGGAUUCCUAUCUCCCUUCACAAUCCAUGGCAAAAUCGUUUUACAAAGUCUGUGGCGUACUGGUUGUGAUUGGGAUCAGAAGAUCGACGACGAAAGCUACACACGUUGGUCCCAGUGGAUAUCGAAACUGCCUAUGAUUGAAGAAGUAAAAAUCCCGCGUUGUUAUCUACAAGGUGCUUCUCCGAAGGUCUACGAAGACUUACAGCUUCAUGUGUUCGUCGAUGCCAGCGAACAGGCGUAUGGUGCAGCUGCUUUUUUCCGAAUAACAACCGACGAUGGUCCCCGGUGCUCAUUGGUGAUGGCAAGAACGAAGGUGGCCCCGCUGAAGCUGAUGUCAAUCCCUCGUAUGGAACUAAUGGGUGCAGUACUAGGAGCGAGAUUGCUGAAUUCAGUUGAAGGUAACCAUGAACUGAAGGUAAUGAAACGCACGCUCUGGACCGACUCUCAAAAUGUGCUCUCGUGGAUCCGAUCCGAUCAGCGGAAGUAUAAACCAUUCGUGGCCUUCAGGAUCGGCGAAAUUCUCCAAGAGACGAAGAUCGACGAAUGGCGUUGGGUGCCAACGAAGUAUAAUGUGGCAGAUAUGCUCACCAAGUGGGGCAAGGGCCCUUGCUUGGAUUCUGAUGGACCCUGGUUUGCUGGACCUCAGUUUCUGCAGCAAUCGGAGGAGAUGUGGCCGAUACAGAAGACACCUGCACCAAACACGAAGACCGAACUCCGGGCAUGUCACAUGCUCCACACAUCGAAGGCAAAUAAACCAAUAAUCGACGUUAGUCGGUUUUCCCGGUGGAAUGUUCUACUUCGUACGAUCUGUUGCGUCUACAGGUUCCUUUCGAACUGCCGCCGUCGGAUUGAUCGAACGCCCAUCGAGGUCAUUCCAGAUGCUACCAAAAGAAUGCGAAAAUUGGUGAUCCGUGAUGCAAAUUAUACCAUUGUUCCGCUGAAACAAGAAGAAUACGAAUUAGCCGAAGUUCUGCUGUGGAAAACGGCGCAACGUGAGAUGUUUGCGUGCGAAGUAGCUAUCACACAAAAGAACCGUCAACUGACAUCGGAAAAUUGGAUUCCGAUUGAGAAGAACAGUGCCAUCUAUCACUGCAAACCGUUCCUAGAUGAGUGUGAUGUAUUACGGAUGGACGGUAGGACGAAAUAUGCGGACUUUAUUCCUUACGACACGAGGUUCCCCAUCAUUCUACCAAGAGACCACGAUAUCACCGAUUUGCUGCUAGCGGAAUAUCAUCGGCGUUAUGGACACGCAAACCGAGAGACAACGUUCAACGAAAUCCGACAGCGUUACUAUAUCCCGAAGCUGCGAAGUGGUGUGAAGAGGGCGAUGAAAAAUUGCCAAUGGUGUAGAGUCAAGAAGAGUCGACCGCAAGUACCUACUAUAGCACCUCUACCGGUUGAACGAUUGAUGCCGUUCCUGCGACCAUUUAGUUAUGUCGGCGUCGACUAUUUUGGGCCAAUCGAGGUGGCAUUAGGACGAUGGGUCGAAAAAAGGUGGGUUGUACUUUUUACAUGCCUGACGAUCCGAGCAGUGCAUUUAGAGAUUGCACACAAAUUGAACACUGACUCGUGUAUCAUGGCCAUACGGAGAUUCGUGCUGCGUAGAGGUCCACCAAUCAUCAUUUUCUCCGAUAAUGGCACCAACCUGAAGGCAGCCAACAAGGAACUCCAAGAGCAGAUACGUCGGAUCGGGACAGGCUGUGCCAAUGUCUUUACCGAUGCCAAGACACGUUGGUGCUUUAACCCGCCAUCGGCCCCUCAUAUGGGGGGCAUAUGGGAGCGUAUGGUACGGACGGUCAAGACGACUAUGGCAACACUGAACACGAACCGUAGAAUGAACGAUGAAACUCUUUUGACCGUUAUCGCCGAAGCCGAAGAGAUCGUUAACUGCAGACCAUUGGUCUACAUGCCGCAAGAAUCAACGGAUGCCGAGGCACUCACGCCCAACCAUUAUUUGCGUGGUACCGUUACAGAGUUGAAGGAUCCUUGCAUCGCACCAACACGUCAGGCUGAAGCGCUUCGAAGCACUUACCAAAGGUCUCAGUACAUCGCCGAUGAACUAUGGAAGCGGUGGCUAAAAGAAUAUGUCCCUUCGAUGAACGUGCACACCAAAUGGCUGGAAGACUCGAAACCACUUAAGGUAGGCGACCUAGUAUUCAUCACAGACGAUCAGAAUCGCAAUGGAUGGGUCCGAGGGCGAGUGGACAAAGUCAUCGCAGGCAAGGAUGGCCGUGUGAGACAAGCAGAAGUUCACACUUCCGGUGGGCUGUUCCGGCGACCAGUAGCUAAACUUGCAGUCAUCGAGAUCGGGUCAUCAGGUAAAUCUGACCAGGAAGCAGGUUCUGGACGAGGUUUACGGGUCGGGGAAAUGUUGAAACCACUGGGCACCGAAACCCAAGUGGCCAAAUUAACUUCAUCUGAGUGACAGCAGCCCUGGCAACCGGAAAACAGUUAGAGCAAGAAACGUCAAAGUAAGCCAUUCAUUUCCGAACAUUCGAGAACCAAGAAAAAUCAAGACUGGUUGUGAAUUUUUAAAAGAGUCUAGUUAUUGAUUUUGUGACUAUUAUUUGAACUGAAACUUAAUAAGUAGAACACGAUUUUAGUUAGCGCGUGAUUUCUAAAACCGUAGGUGAGAAGAAUUUGAUUAUUUUGUUAUAUCUUCUGAUACUUACCAACCUUACUUACGCAGCGAAAAACUUAUGCAGAGGCAACUUAGAAUCCAGGCACGUUUCUCGUAGUAGGAGUAAAAAACUAAAUCUUUUGAGCAGAUUCAAACCGAACUGCUACAGAAGGAGUUUUAAUUCUCAACACAUACAUACCUCCUCCGAUUUGGAGUCGAUGGAGCUGAUGGAUGGACUGGCGAGGGUGGCGUUAUUGUCGCGAUCGGAGAUGAUUCGCUCGACUGUGAUACAACAUGAAGACCAAAUCUGAUGUCUAGGUGGACUGCGAACAAAUCGGUCAUUGAUUAUUUUCAGGGAUCAUUCGUUGCGCUCAAACUGUUAGCUGUUAAUAGCAAAUGUAAUGUAUGAUGUAUUUGUAUAUAUUUAUAAUGAAAUAAAUAAUAUCCAUCAACGGUUUGUUUUUUCUUCACUUUUUAUAUCUAUUUCUUUGAAAAGAGAAUAGUGCCAUAAUGAGGAUCGAGCAAUUUUUCUGUCGGUCGACGUGGUGCCAGAUUGGCACAGUGUUGUCUCAUAAUUGGUUGUCGAAUACGAAGGAUGGGUCGACAAAAUCAUUGCAA